AUGAACUCGCUGCUGUUCCUGUACCUGAACCUGAUCCGCGGGCCGCAGAUCGUGGCCGCUCGCCGCGAGAAGGAGGAGAAGGAGAAGCGCGCGCAGCUGGAGGCGGACAUCGCGAGCGGCAAAGUGUCCAAGAUGGCGAGCUGCAAGAAGUGCGACGCGCCCGUGGACCGCCUGGCGAUGCCCAUCGGCGUGACGCCCACGUGCGCCGCGUGUCUGGCCAAGGAGGCGGAAGAGCUGCGCGUGGCCAAGAUGCAGAUGCGGCGGGAGAUCAAGAUGUCGCCAUUCCUGUGGUUCCAGGUGUUCAUCAUGCUGCUCGGCCUCACCGUCUUCUUCCACCGCAACGUCAUGCCGCUGUUUUAG